UUCUGAGAAAGAGCAGUAAGAGUGUGAGUUUCAGUGAACAUAUCCAGUUACAACAUAUCUUGUGGUGCAGGGCUGCAAACCUCAGAGGAGAGAGAGGACUGAAGGGCACAGUGCUCCCAUCUUAGGCUAAAGCCACAAGGUGGUUCAGCAAAAUAAUGACUUCUAAACUUGAUAGUCCUCCACCCUAUGAGGAAGCGGUGCACCAUCCUAAGUCUGGUAACUACCCCUACCCGCCGCAGCAUGACUCCCAUCUUCCCCCACCUCCAUCUUACAGUCCCAGUCCUGACAUGUGCCUCGGCCCGCCCGGCUACUGGGGCCAGCCGGGUGUCUACCCACAGGCCAGCAUGUGUGCAGGCCCUGGCUUUCCUCCAUCUGGGAUGCCCACCACAAUACCGACUCUGUCUGCUGGACUGUCUGCAUCCAACCCAGGAGACAUGGAGGAUUUUAUUAGCGUCCAGUGGGAAAGCACAUCUAUCCGACAUUCCUUCAUCAGAAAGGUUUACUUAAUUCUAACAGCACAGCUUGCUGUCACCUUUUCCAUAGUUGCUGUCUUUACAUUUGUUGACCCAGUGAGGCUGUUUGUCAUCAGAUACCCUGGCAUCUACUGGGCAUCUCUUGUGGUUUAUUUUGUGGUUUACUGCAUUCUCAUCUGCUGCAAAGAACCCAGGAGGCGUUUCCCAUGGAAUUUUGUGCUGCUUGGAGUAUUUACUCUCGCCUUGUCUUAUGUGACCGGAACAAUUUCAAGCUAUUACGAGACCAAAGCAGUGUUUCUUGCCAUGGGAAUAACAGCAUUAGUUUGUGUCGCUGUGACAAUCUUCUGCUUCCAAACGAAGGUGGACUUCACCUCCUGCGGCGGACUCCUCAGUAUUGCUGCCAUUUUGCUCAUGAUCAUUGGGAUUGUUACAGCGAUCGUACUUUCCUUCCAAUACGUCCCUUGGCUGCAUAUGCUCUACGCUGCAAUUGGAGCCAUCGUUUACACUCUGUUUUUAGUGUACAACACCCAGCUUCUCAUUGGAAAUCGAGAGUUGGCCAUCAGCCCAGAGGAGUACAUCUACGGAGCGCUCUCUCUCUACGUUGAUAUUGUUCACAUCUUCCUCUUCAUCCUUCAAGUCAGUGGAUCUGCAACUGACUAAGCCAAUGGUCAGAGCACAUGUUGUUUGGGCUAACAGUACGUUGUGUUUGUUGAUAGAAAUAAUGCUAAAUAUGUACACAAGUGUGUAAAAUCAGGAUGCAUCAUUACUAUUUAUCAAUGUUGAAAAUCCCAACUAUAGUGUAUAUAAAUCUAUUUUUAUGUCAGUAACACUUGAGCACUUUGGUUAUUGAGUGAAUGAAGGGAGACACUUAAGCUUUGCAUUCUGUAUAGUUACUAUUUAAUAUUUAUGUGCAUGUUAAACACUGUAGUCGUCUGAAUUAAAGUAAACCCAUGGAUGAAUUACUUCACCGAGUUACCCUUGUUAAGAAUAAACCACCAACUCUUCCCCCAAAAGAUGGAGACAAAGCAAUUGAUAGUAUAAGAGCUUUUAUUUUCCAUUACUGUUGAUGUUUAAUUCUUGUAACUACUUACAAAACACCUGUAGUUGGACACCACAAUCAUUAGUCCGACGUCUGUGCUGGUAGUAGAAUGGACUAACAUCUGUUUUAAUUUUUUUAACCUCUCCAUAGAAAAAAACUUAGACAAACACUUGAGUUAAUUAAAAGAUGAAUUACUUGUGUGCAGCCUUGCUGUAACUUGUGUUAAUGACCGGCCCCUUCCCUUCUCUCUUUAAUGUGUCUGGUACUCGUUGUUGUUAGAAAACUGUGCACACCAAUCAAUAAAGUUCACCCUACUGUUACAA